AUGGAAAACUAAUAAUUAUCGAUUGAGAAUAGUAGAUUAAAAGAGAGAUUAUUAAAUGUUGAUAUUCCUGAUAAAGGAUUCUCUAACAAAUUUUUUGAUGAUCACGAGAUCAAAGAUAAAGAAUUCAUAAUUUAGAAAUUAGAAUAGGAGAUAAUCGAUAAGGAUAAUCAAAUUCUCAAAUUUAAAAGAGAAAUUGAAUCGAUUAAUAGAAGAUCUAAGUUAAAGGAAGAGGAGUUACAUAGAUAAUAUUAAGCGAAGUUAGAAGAUUUACAGAUACUCUAUAAAAAUGAUUCAAGUGAUAAUUAAUAAGAGAAGUUUCAAUUAACAAAAAAAUUGGCUGAUAUGGAAUAGAUUGUAACUUAUAGGACAGAAGAAAAUUAAUUAUUGAUUAAUGAAUUAAAUUUAAAGAAUGAACAAAUAGUUGAAUUGAAUAAUCAUAAUAAAUUGCUAGUAGAACUUAAAAAUAAAGAAUUCAAAGAUUCAUAAAUAAAUUAUUAAAUAUCUAUUCAAUAGUAAUUAAAACAAAUGGAAGAAGCUCUAGCUUAAUACAAACGAAGUUAAGAGUCAAAUCUUAGUGAAAUUGAACAAUUAUUAUAAUUUAAGCAAUCAAUGACACUUAAAAUAAAUGAUCUUUCAUCUACGAAUUAGCAUUUAAUAAUUGAGAAUGAGAGCUUGAAAUCGACACUUUUAUUAUUUUAGAAACAAAAAGACUAAGAUGAUUAUAUGUAUGAAGAUUAAAAAAAAAAAGAAACUUUGCAUAUAAAGAGAUACUAUGAAACACUAUUAGAAUAAGUAGAGAAGGAAAAUAGAAGUUUAAGAUUACUUUUAGAAUAAAAAAGCAGAGAAUUAGAUGAUUUGUGUAAAAGAUAUUGA